AUGGCGGGUUCCGCCCACGGCCUGGAGAGGCUCGUCUCCAGCAACUCCAACGAGCCGUGCAAGAAGAUGACACUCUACUACCACGACAUCCUCUACGACGGCGGCAACAACACGGCGAACGCCACGUCGUCGGGGAUCACGAAGCCGACGGCGCUGAGUACGAGCCGCAGUAAGAACACCACGUACUUCGGCAUGCUUGCGGUGUUCAACGACCCGAUGACGGUGGGGAAGGCGCUGCCCAUGGCGGGGGUGGAGCCGGCGGCGCACGCGGAGGGGUUCUACUUCUACGACAAGCAGGAGGCGCAGAGCGCGUGGUUCGGCUUCUCUCUCGUCUUCAACUCAACCGCGCACAAGGGCACGAUCAACCUCAUGGGCGCCGACCUCAUGAGCGAGAAGACGCGGGACAUCUCCGUCGUUGGAGGCACCGGCGACUUCUUCAUGGCGCGGGGCAUCGCCACGCUCAGCACCGACGCCUUGGAGGGCUUGUACUACUUCCGCCUGCGGAUGGACAUCAAGCUCUACGAGUGCUACGUCUGA